AUGGCAGCGACAAGAAAACCAAGCAUGGGCCGACAGAAAAUUGAAAUCAAAAGAAUUGAGAAAGAAGAUGCAAGACAAGUUACCUUCUCCAAACGUAGAGGAGGUGUUUUUAAGAAGGCUCAUGAACUUUCUACCCUUUGUGGUGCUGAGAUUGCUAUCAUCGUAUUUUCACCCGCUGGAAAACCUUUUUCUUUCACUCAUCCUCACAAUAUGAUCCACCGCUACCUCUCUGGAAAUUCUCAUCCAACUCCACUUGUCACGGCUCAUCGUGAAGCCAAAAUUCGUGAACUGAACAGAGAGUAUACUGAAGCACUUGGCAGGUUGGAAGCCGAGAAAAAAAGAGGAGCGGAGUUGAAAAAGAUAAUGAAAGAAAAUAAGAAACAAUUUUGGUGGGAUAAUAUUGAUGAUUUAGGGGUGCAUGAGUUGGAACAAUUAAGUGCUGCUAUUGAAGACCUCAAAAUUAAGGUCGCUGAUCGAGCAGAUGAAUUGUUGCUCACUUCAUAUUUACCGGGGAAAAAUCCUGGAACGAGUAGCAGUGGUACAUCUCAGAGUGAAAAUAGCUCUACUAUCACCUUUGAAACAAAACCAACCAUCAUUCCAAACCAUCAGCAGAUCCACACUUCUUCCCUCCCUCAGCAUGGAUAUGGUGCUGACUUUGGUUUUGUAUGGACGCAACGGGCUUUACUGAGUAUCAGGUCAGCCUUAUGCAGUGAUUUCAUAAUCUCUAUGCACACAGUACUCUUACAUGGAAGGAAGCCAUCAUUAUAUGGCUCUCACUUAUGA